UUUUUUUCUUUUUUCCUAUUUUGCGGUCGUGAAGCCGAAAAAAAAUUAGGGUUUCGGAGCUCUCUCUCUCAGCCCUAGCGGAAGAAGCGCACACACUCUCUCUCUCAACUUGGUUCCUCUUCGCCCUCGUCUUCGCCCUUUUACCCUAUGGAUUGAUUUGAUACCACAUGUUCUCGAAUCGAUCGACAAAAGGGGUAGAACGCAGUAGAAAUAUGAUUUGGACCAAUUCCAUAGUCUCAUGACUGUGAAGAAGCAAAUCAACAGGAUUGGGAUAAAAGCCUCUGCAAACUUUUCUCUUAUCUAGAAUGAUAUUUAUGUAACAUGUUAUAUUCGAACUUAGAAUAAAGAUGAGUUUACCCGCCAAAGGUAUCCCAAGCAACAACAACAACUUGCAGUUGAAGUCACCUAACAAGGGCACAACAUUGAAUCCAAACGCAGCAGAAUUUGUUCCUUCAGCUCUUCGAUCUAAAUUUGGAAACAAUAGCUUUGCGGAUGUAAAAAAGCCAGAUUUUUAUGGGCUUUCUGGAAAAGCAGUCCCAGAUCGAUCAGAAUGCUCAAUAUCUAAUAAUUUAGAUGAUGAGGCAAACCAGCUUUGGGAUUGCCAACUUCCUGAUGAUAUUACUCCUGAUUUUAAGGUAAUAGAACAGGAUGAGCAGGCAUCAAGACAACUAUCACUUUCUGGUUUGUCGUUGAAUGAUGAUUUUGAAGCUUCUGAGUUUUCUCCAUCAGGAUUCAGCCAGUUUUCUAGUAGCCACCAGCUCAUAUCUCCUCGUCGUAGUGAUGGUCUGAUCACGAGUCAAAAAAAAGGGUUUCCUGGUUCGAGUUAUUGUGAAAACCAUCCGACAGCUGCUUUCUUGCCAUUGGCCACAAGCAACUGGGACCAACAGUUAGCUAGUGUUGAUUUUCAUUUUAAGAAUGGAAAGGAUGAAUACCAUUAUAAUGGAGACUACAAUGGUGGCUUUUUGGAUAGCUCUGCCACAGAGAAUGCUGUUGUAGAGGAUGCUGUUGUUGACCCUUUGGAAUACUUGGUGUCUCAUUUCCCUGGUUUUUCUGCUGAGAGCCUUGCAGAUGUCUAUAACGCAAAUGGCUGUGAUUUGAAUAUGACCAUUGAAAUGCUCACCCAACUUGAGAUGCAAGUUGAUGGUAGUUUAAAUCAGAGCGCAAACUCAAAGGCCUCAACUGCUCCUAGCUUUAGCAUGCUGGACUUCCCUGCACUUCCCACGGCAGAGGAUCAAAAUGGGUUGUCCAAGUACAGUCUAGAAGAUUCCCAAGGAGCUACAAGCGGAUAUAGAUCUUCCUCUAUAUUUGGCAGUAACAUAGAUUUUGUUUCAACUGUUCGUAAACUUGCUUCCCAGAAUUCUGGUAGCUGGAAAUUGGAGAAGAAAGGUGCUGAUGAUGAAAAUGUUGGUUCAAGUAGAGGUUCACGAGUUUUAACCAAACAAUAUGAUGUUAAUAGCAAGUUAGGUUUUGGUAAUAAGUUGCAAAGUAUUGGUACUACACGAGCAACUCCACCUUGGCUUGAGACUGGUGAUGCAGUUGCAAAUCUGUAUUCCGAGUCAAGGGAAGAAGCUCGAGAUUUUGCUUGUCUUCGAAAUGCAUUCUUUGAACAAGCAAGACAGGCCUAUCUGAUUGGGAACAAGGCACUGGCAAAGGAACUGAGCGUAAAAGGGCGGUUGUACAACAUGCACAUGAAAGCAGCACACGAGAAAGCCCAGGAAUCGAUUUAUCGUCAGAGAAACCCUGUUGGUUCCCAACUCCAAGGAUACGGCCAAGGGCAAGAUCGCCUGAUCGACUUGCACGGCCUCCACGUAAGCGAAGCAUUGCACAUUCUAAAGCACGAACUGAGUAUUCUGAAGAGCACAGCUAGGUCAUCUGGUCACCGGCUUCAGGUUAUGAUUUGUGUUGGGACCGGCCACCACACAAAGGGUGCGCGGACCCCUGCCAGGUUGCCGAUUGCCGUCGAGCAGUUCCUUCUAGAAGAGGGCCUUCACUUCACCCAGCCUCAACCCGGUCUUCUCCGGGUUGUCAUAUAUUAAACCCCCUUUUAGGGUUCACGCGUGAAAAAAGAAGAAACAAAAAAGAAAAAUAGAAAAGAAACAAGAGGGUCGAAAGGAAAGGAAAAGGUAUGAAGCACAGGAAGCCUUGUAAAUUAAUAUGGAAGAGAGAGAGGGGUACAUAUAUAUCUCUAACACUGUAGAGUUUUGUAGUUUUAUCUUCACUGACAUUUCAUUAACAUUUUGUAGACUCUCUUCACUUUUAUUAUUAUUAUUAUUAUUUAUUCCAAUCUCA